UUGUUAUUUAAGCCGGUUUGGACGGAAACGAAAUUCCAACUCUGUUUUGUUUGCAGGCAGGAAAGAAAGAAAGAAGAAGAAUUGAAGGAAGAAGAAGAAGAAGACUUACCAAUCACAACAACACAGUACUAGGAAGAAGAGGAAGAGGAAGAAGAAGAAGAUGUACGCGAUGGCUAAGGCGCCCAAGGAUACAAACAAGAACACGGAAUGGUGCACGUAUCCAGGCGUAUGGGCCACCUACAUUCUCAUCCUCUUCUCCACUUGGCUCGUCGUCCUCUCUCUCUCCGGCUGCUCCGCUGGCCACGCCUGGACCUUCGUCAACCUCUCUCAUUUCCUAAUAACUUUCAAUUGGUUUCACUGGAAGAAAGGCACACCAUUUGCUGAUGAAGAUCAGGGUAUGUACAAUCAGUUAACAUGGUGGGAGCAAAUUGAUAAUGGAAUGCAGUGCACUUCCAGCAGAAAAUUCUUCACCAUUGUUCCUGUCAUCUUGUACUUCAUUGCCUGUUACACAACAAAUUACGAGAAUCCAAUGUUCAUCCUCAACACAAUUGCUAUGGUGGUUCUAGUGGUUGCUAAGUGCCCCAAUAUGCAUAAAGUUCGCAUAUUUGGCAUCAAUUCUGACCAAUGAAUUAAAUUGAAUUGAAUCAAGAUCUGUUAGCUGUUAUAGAUGAGUUUUAAACUGGUUCCAUUAGAUUUCGUUUCUCUUUUUUUUGACAUUUUACGUAUUGGAUUGGAAGGAACACUGUAACUAAAUAUUCUUCUCGUAUUCAUCAUGAACCGAUGUAACUCUAGAGCAAUUAAACAAACAUAUUAAUAAUAAUGAUCAUUGUGAUGA